GGGGCUGUGAGCGGGCAUGACUGCUGCUGGAGCUCUGACAGGAAACUUUCCUCUUGUUGCUCCGCUCCUCAGCAGCAGCGUCAGACUCCUCCAGCCGCCUUCAGCCGCACUUUAACAUCUGAAAUGCACUUGACUGGACCGUGUGACCCAGUCAUGGCUCUCCAUCUUUACUUACCGACAGCUCGUCACUGAGGAGAGACUUUUCUUUUUGGAUAAACGUUGGAACUUAAAUGACAUUUAUUUGUGUUUGACUCAACGCCAGACACGAGGAUGGAGACCGUGUUUUACCUGCUUGUUUUCAUGUUGGCCCGGGUUAGUUGGGGUCUCGGGUAUUCGGAGUCCAGUAUUCAGACGGGACAGAGAGCGGCCAGCAGACACAGGAACUGGUGCGCAUAUGUGGUGACACGCACUGUUAGCUGUGUGAUGGAGGAUGGGGUGGAGACGUACAUUAAACCAGACUAUCAACGCUGUACCUGGGGCCAAUGUCCUAGAGUUGCCUACCGGACAUACAGAAGGCCAAGGUAUAAGGUAGCUUACAAGAUGGUGACAGAAAUGGAGUGGAAGUGUUGCCAUGGCUACUCUGGGGAAGACUGCCACAAUGGGCCGAGGGUAACCACCGACACUCAGGUCAAUGGAGGGCGACCCCACAUCACGCAGACAGGCUACAACCCAGGCGGUGGACAGAAAGGAGAAGGUGGAGGCGACAGUGAGAAGAUCAGACAGCUGGAGGAAACGAUCCGCAGUCUGACCAAAGACCUCCACAACAUGCAGACCACCAUUGACGGCAUUAACCAGAAGCUGCCGGGGCUUAAUGGGGCCGUUGUCCCUGCUGACUCAGCUCAACCACACAUGAAGGAAACCAUCAACACUAUCCAGACCAAGCUGGACCAUCUCUACAACAGGACACAGGUUCACGACCAGACUCUUCUCACCAUCAACAACCAUCUGGUGAACGGAGGCAAUGAACUGGAUGGAGGGGCCAAAGGACCUGGGGGUAACCAGCUGAACAUUCUGAAGGAGGAGAUACUUACGGAGCUGGAGAGAAGGGUGUCUUUAUCCUGCUCUUCCUGCCAGGCUGGUGUGGAGGAUCUGAGGCGCCAGCAGCAAGAGGACAGGGAGCGGAUUCAAGCCCUAGAAAAGCUGAUCAGCUCCAUGGACCAACACCUGAGACAGAGCUUGGACAUCUCCCGCACUCAGACUGAACGCUUCCAGACCUGCUGCAACACAGUCACCCAGGUGGAGAAGAGGUUGUCUGAUGUAGAGGUCCGUGUCACGACCACAGCAAGCAAGUGCGACGCGAUUAAAGGGCGCCUGGAUAAGGAACUGCCUGGGACAGGUGGAGGAAAGGGAAGAGUGACAGAGGACAGGUUGAAUGGCAGAUUGAGAGAAUUGGAGAAGAGGGUGAACAACACGGUUAGAAAGACAGAGCAGAGGUGUACUAACACUGGAAAUAACAUGAAGGACCACGUCCAGAGAGAUGUCACACAGCUGCGCAACAUGGUUCUCACUCACCUGGAUGACCACAGCUUUAAAAUCGGCAAGAUAGAGCUGGACGUGGCUGUUCUGGAAGAUACGGUCACUGACCACAGUCGCCGUUUAAGUCAGUUGGAAAACAUCACAACCUUCUUGGACCGAAGGCUGACAUCAACCACGAAUAUGUGCAAUGAGACCUGUGGGCCUAACGGAAAAGGCAGCAAGACUGAUGACACUGUGAAAACCUUACAGUGGAGAGUUGUAUCGAACGAAGAGGAGAUCCAGAAGUUUAAUACCAAGUUAAAUGAUUUGUCGGUGUCAGGGGACUCGCUGUUUGACAGAGUGAUAAAUUUAACAGACAAUAUCAAAAAGAUAAUGGAUGUGACAGGUGAGAACGGUGAGAAUUUUAACCGGAUUGUCACAGAGGUUGAAACGUUGGGCCGUGAUUUUGAGGACUGUUCCAUUUGCAGCAGUGUAGAGGAGGACUUGCGCUCACUCACCAACUCCACCAUGACUGGCCUAAGCAAAUGCCAGGCAGAACUAACAGAUCUGCGGAGAAAGGUUGACUCAGGGGAAUCUGUCUGCUCUCAGGUAUGCUCCAACCUUCAGGAGGAGGUAGGACGGCUCAGAGAGGAAGUGGAGGAGUGUACUGGGCAGUGUAAAAUCAACAUAAAUGACCUGAAAGAACGCCUGGACGGUCAUAGUGUCUAUAAUGGAAGAUUAGAAGGAGAUCUGAAGUCCAUCCAAGGAGAGCUGGCUGGGGUCAUGGUCAGGUUUAACUCUAUCAACAACACUCUGAAGGGCCUGGGAAAGACCGUACAGAAGUAUGGGAACACACUGACUGAUGUGACCAACACCAAGGACAGCAUCAUCUCCGAGGUGAACAAUUUGCAGAAGGAGCUGACAAACCAUAUUGAUGACUCAACGAUUCGAUUUGGCAGUCUGGGCAAUGAGAUCCAAAUAAUAAGGAGCAACUAUAUGACAGAAGUCAGGGAGUGCCGGAGGUCAAGCGAUGGCCUGGAUCGAAGACUCUCAAAGCUGGAGGGAGUGUGUGGACGCUUGGACUCUUUUUCAGAAAGCCUGGUGAGGAUCAAGGAGGGUCUGAACCGUCAUGUGUCUGGGUUGUGGAGCUGCGUUAAUGGACUCAAUGUCACGGUAACGUCCCAAGGAGAUCUUAUUGACAAUAUCCAGAACGUCCAGCUGGAGAACGUCCACUCCAACAUACACAGCCUGAACUCCUCCUUGGUGGACUUGGUCAAGGAGUUCCACAAUUUCAUAGAGCAGGACUUCAUGGGUCCACCUGGUCUACCAGGCCCCCAGGGAGAGAGAGGCGAACAUGGACCUGAAGGUCCAGUAGGACCCCCAGGGAGGGUUGGACUUCCAGGCAGAGAGGGCAGGCAGGGACCAAUUGGACCCCCAGGUCUCAAAGGUGAACAGGGUCUUGCAGGCUCUGAUGCCCAUGUGCCACGCCUUUCUUUCUCUGCUGCACUGACUCGCCCGAUGAGGAAUUCAGGAACCAUAGUGUUCAACGAGGUCUUUGUCAAUGAAAACAACGUCUACAAUCCCAGAACAGGUUAUUUUACAGCUCCAGUGAGUGGGAAGUACUUCUUCAGCGGUGUACUUACAGGCCACAAGAACAUGAAGAUCGAGGCUGUGCUGUCCAAGUCCAACACGGGUGUGGCCCGAGUGGAUUCUGCUGGGUAUCAGCCUGAAGGCCUGGAGAAGCCCAUGGCAGAGGCCAAACACAUUCCUGGUGCUCUGGCUGUCUUUAACAUCAUCCUACCUAUGGUAGUAGGAGACACAGUCUGCAUCGACCUUGUCGCUGGCAAUCUGGCCUACUCCUCUGAACCCUUGACCAUCUUCAGUGGAAUGCUGCUGUAUGAGACCAUCUGAUUGGAUCUGGUCUCAUUGUAAUUAGUCUCUCUGAGUGAAACUUGCAGCAAGAGCAUUUCAUUUGUCUGUUGGACAGAGACAGAGCCGGCUGAACUGGCUGAACAGUGAAAGAGACUAAAUUAACUGGACUGGAUUCAUUCAGCAAAGAGAAAAAUACUUUAUAUUUUACUUUAUGUCCUAAGAAGGAAGGAAAAAUUCCUUUGCAACCACAAUCAUAUGUGUGUUUCAAAGCUUUAAAACAAUUUGAGCAAAGAGCUUUUGUGUUUUUUUAUUCUAUGAUUUUUUCUCUUCAGAAAAAAGCCACUGCAGGGUUAUCACAUAAUUCCAUAUUUCAUGCCGUGUUAUAAGCUUGAAUUCUUUCCUGAUUACACAGAGAUAGCCUCAAGGUCUCACUAGUGUUGAUCAGAGGAUUUUUUUUUUUCGAUUUGAAGAAUUUGGGGUUUUUAUUUUUUUUGGUUUUUGUGUGUAAUCCACCCACAGCAUAUCAAAUGUUCCGAUUUUAAAAUGCAGUUUUUUCAAGCUCACAGUUUCAAUUUAACCACAAGCAAAUUCCCAGAAAUAUAACACUGAAUGCCAAUUGUCUUGGAAAAACGCAGAGCGAUAUAGGCAGAGACACAGUCCAAACCACUAUUCUUUAGAAGGAAAUGCUCAAAUGAAGUCACUGACAGUUCAGUCGAGAAACCACAGGAUUUUAUAAAACACAACAGCAAAACAAUGAGACCAUUUUAGGACAUUAGCUGCACCCAGAAACACUGAGGAAGAUGGAGGAUGGCCUGAGGCAAGAAUAUGGAUUCUUUUCCUCUGUCCUAAUAAGGGCCAUCUAAACUUGGUGGAGGAUCAAGUAUUUAAAGUUAAGAAGCUCUUACUAUCAGUCUCUCUUACAUUGGAUUUUUUAUGUCAAGCUCACAAUAAUAAAUAAUGAAACUACACAUACUCUUGUCUCUAGGCUACAAAUCCCACCUCUUCCACGAGUACACACACUGCCUUUUGAAGUCUAAUUAAAAUGUCUCCAGGGGAAAUAUGUGCAUGGCAUCGAGUUUGUAGAUAUUCUUGAAUGGAUUUUUAAAAGGAACAUUGCACAUUUUCUGCAGAGACAGCACAGCAGAUUGGUCCACAUAUUUCAUGAUAUUUACGUAAUGAUGAAUUAAUAUCAGCAUACCAGGGUUAAGCUCACAAUGCAUAUAUAUUUUUUCACAUUUUCUUCCGCAGUGUUCAGUGUGGGAAUGUAAUUUUAUAUGUUUCUAUGCAUUAUAUAACCUUGAAAGAAUGUAAAUAUUUUCAGCGGUUUUGCCUGUAUAAGAUUUGUAUGAGUUACCACUUCACCUUGCCAGGUACUGUAUAUGUUUUAUAUGUUUAUGCCACAUGUGUGCCUGAAAUACAGAUACCCAGUUUUACACAGCUUUUUAUCUGGAUUGCGUCCCUUUAUUAAAUGAGCGACUGCGUGCCAAUUUUUA